AUGAAGACAACUUGGUCCUCACUGCAGCUACAUGGAAACCAAAGGCUUAACCUGGCUCUGACCCCUUCUUUCCCCCAGGCCUUUGCUUUGGCUGGCACAGGGGUGCAGGAGAGCCAGCUGCGUCGAGUUACCAGGCAGAUGUGCCCCCAGGAGAGUUCUUUCCAACUCUCCCAGUUUCUACUGUUCGUGGGGGUCCCAGUGGCAAGUGUCGUCUUUCUGGCCCAGUGCCUUCGAUGGCACUGUCCUAGAUGGAGGCUGGGGGUCUGCAGGAAGCCAGAUGUCCAACAGGAGCCAGAGUCCCAGCCUGUCCCCCUACCAGGAAAUGAGGCCCCCAGGCAGGGCCUGCCAGCCACACUGUCAGAGUUGGCUGCCUUCUACCAGGAACUGCACACACCCACUCAGGGCCAGACUGUCAUCCGCCAGCUGAUGCACAAGCUGUUGGUGUUUUCGGCUCGAGAGGUGGAUCACCGGGGUGGUUGCCUGAUGCUCCAGGAUACAGGCAUCUCCCUGCUCAUCCCACCAGGUGCUGUGGCUGUGGGCCGCCAGGAGCGGGUGUCUUUGAUCCUGGUGUGGGACCUGUCAGAUGCCCCAUUGCUGUCCCGAGCCCAGGGGCUGGUCAGCCCUGUGGUGGCCUGUGGCCCCCAUGGGGCCUCCUUCCUGAAGCCUUGCACCCUCACAUUCAAACACUGUGCCCAGCAGCCCAGCCACGCCCGCACCUACAGCAGCAACACUACCCUUCUCGAUGCCAAGGCCUGGAAGCCCCUGGGGCGGCCGGGGGCCCACACUUCUCGGGACGAAUGUCGCAUCCACCUCUCCCACUUCAGCCUCUACACCUGUGUGCUGGAGGCACCUGCAGGGCGUGUCGCCCGAAAAUGGCUACAACUGGCCGUGUUCUGCUCCCCGCUGGCACCAGGGCAGUCCCACCUGCAGCUGCGUGUCUACUUUCUCAACAACACGCCCUGCGCCCUGCAGUGGGCCCUGACCAACGAGCAGCCCCACGGUGGCCGCUUGCGCGGGCCCUGCCAACUCUUUGACUUCACUGGGGCCAAAGGCGACCAGUGCCUGAAGCUCAAGUACAUCUCAGAGGGUUGGGAGAAUGUGGAUGACAGCAGUUGCCAGCUGGUCCCCCAUCUCCACAUCUGGCACGGAAAGUGUCCCUUCCGCUCCUUCUGCUUCCGAAGAAAACCAGCCAGUGAGAUAGAGGACUGCUCAGCACUAACCAAUGAGAUCAUUGUCACCAUGCACACCUUCCAGGAUGGCUUGGAGACCAAGUACAUGGAAAUCCUCAGAUUUCAGGCAUCAGAGGAGGAAUCUUGGGCAGCGCCACCCCCUGUCUCCCAGCCGCCCCCGUGCAAUAGGCUGCCCCCAGAACUCUUUGAGCAGCUACAGAUGUUGUUGGAGCCAAACAGCAUCUCAGGCAAUGACUGGCGCAGACUGGCCUCUCACCUGGGGCUCUGUGGCAUGAAAAUCCGGUUCCUGUCCUGCCAACGCAGCCCUGCGGCGGCCAUCCUAGAGCUGUUUGAGGAGCAAAACGGCAGCCUGCAGGAGUUGCACUACCUCAUGACGGUCAUGGAGCGGCUGGACUGCGCCUCCGCCAUCCAGAGCUACCUGAGCGGGACGCAGACCGGCAGCCCAGCGUCCGUCCGCGGGGGCGCCCACGACAACGAGGGCCUGGAGCUGGACGAGAAGCUCUGAGCGUGCUCUGGGCAGAGGGAGCACGAAAGGGGGAUGCCUCGAUGCCUAAAAAGGACACAGCAGCUGCUCCGGCCGUGCCCGCCGCCCUCCUCUGAGUCCGUGGACGGUGCCCAGGGCCGCCCAUGAGGCCGGAGAGCCCUCGCCCGCCUCCCCCAUCGGCCGCGCCUCCGCCUGCCGCCUCUGUCCGCCCGCAGGUCCCCUCCUGGCCGGCAGGGGGCGCGGGAGCCCAGGAGAUGGCCGCAGCAAGGCGGCCUCCUGGAAACUGACCAGUGGACUGUCAGGCUGCCGUGUGGGCACUGCUUAGGGACUGGGCGGCUCACACGUAUUGCUGAGCGCUCCGUGAGACCCAGCAUUGGGUUGGCGUCCCGGGAAUACCGGAGUAUGUGAGGCGGGGUCUGGGGCUCUCUUGUGGGCAACAAGAUGUGCUCAGUGAACCCAGGGCAAACUAUUACACAACAGCGCCCACCUGUGCGCAGGGGACGGGGCUCCUGUGAACUGUCCGUGCCUCUGGAGCAGUGAGAAUAAAAUGCUGGGUGGAGGGUGUUGGGGAAAGAGGAUUGGACUUGCCGAGUGGGUCAGAGAUGUCUAGGUGGGGGUACGAGGAGAGGGAUGUGUAGGGCCAGAGGCAUUAAGGAGGCUGUGGGGUGCAGCCAGGGCAGGAGGAAGGUUCCAGUCCCAAUCUGGAGAUGGGCAGGCUUACUUGGCCUGCCCCCUCCGUCUCCAUUUCCUUCCUUUACCUCACUUUCCUUUAUCUCUUUAUGCUCAUGCCUUGUUUCCCCGUUUCUGCCAUUAUCUCUCAUGAAACAUUAAAGCUAAAAAGGAACUUUGAGAUGACUAUUCUCACCCAACCCUUUUAUCUUUUCAUCUCCAACUAUGUGAGUUGUAAGUCUCUCUGACUUCAUUCUUCUGUCCCUACCUCUGAAUCUCUGUCUCAUCCUGUUACUCUCUGUCUUGGCAUCUUUUGUCUCUACCUCAUUACUGUGCCCUGUCUUUGUGUGUUUGUUUCUGUUUUGGAAACUGUCAGUCAUUCCUCAGGACACCAAGGUUGAGCCUGGGUCAUCCUAUCAAUGGAUGGUUGGGGAUAUUCUCCCCAUGGAUCAAGAUCCAGUUUAGGGUCAGGAAAUAAAGGAUAGGCACUAAAGAGCACCCAUCAGUCAACAGAUAGAUAUUCAACACCUACUAUGUGUUAGGCACUGUGUAUAAGAGAGAUGAGUAGGCUGGGUCCUGAAAAGAAAACACAGGGGUGGACUCAAUUCUGGCAAUGCUUUUGUUUGCAAACAGGUGUUGUUAAUUUGUUCAAGGGCAAACACUCUCUGGCAACAUUAACAAUUUGCUUCUGUAUUUAAUUUUAAAAUAUUAAAGCUUUC